GUUGAUAUACCGUUAUGUUGUGCCUGCUCAUGCCCGGGAAACAGUUUACUCGGUGAUUUGUAUUGUUUUUUGGGGAGUGAUGAUUAUUCUCGUGGUUACGUGAAAUCAUUUCUGGGUCAUGGCGUUGAGGACUCUUCUAUGGUUCGGGGGGAGUCCUGGCAGAUGUUGGUUCAGGGGACAAGGGCAUGGGCUGCUGGAGAUGCAGACCAGCUCCAGAUCGGCUAGAGGGUUCAAGAGGGUUGUCAGGGCUAGCGAACGUUCGACCCUCUCGGAUCCUGUUGGAGGGGCUGAACUGACGGCUGGGGGACAGCUGUGGAAACCAUUGGGGUUCACCAUUCUCUUUGGAGGUGCAGUGCACGUUGGGGCAACAAUUUGGGAGUACGAGAGGGUCCGAAGUCAUGCACUUAGAAUGAAAAACCGAUUUCAGCAAUGGACAAUCAAUAAGACUGGGUGGAGAGGAGAACUACAGGCCUGGUGGCGAGGCUUAUCAGAGAGUCAACGUGUAUUUGCACCCAUAUGUUUCUUAAAUGUCAUUGUCUUCCUCGGCUGGAGGAUACCAGCCCUCAAGAAUACAAUGGUCCAAUAUUUCUGCUCGAAUCCUGGCUCCAAGGCAGUUUGCUGGCCAAUGCUGCUUUCAACAUUUUCACACAGCUCUGCACUCCAUUUAGGCGUCAAUAUGUACGUUUUAUACAGCUUUGGAACAAUGGCCAUUCCCACACUGGGACGGGAACAAUUUGCUGCGCUUUAUUUGACGAGUGGAGUGGUUGCUAAUCUAGCUAGUCACUUAUAUAAAACUGCUGUCGGUCUACCGGGAUUAUCACUUGGUGCUUCUGGAGCAAUUAUGGGAACAGUUUCCUAUAUUUGUAUGCAGUAUCCGGACUUGAAAGUUGCUAUUGUCUUUCUACCGAUGUUUGCGUUCACUGCUGGAUAUGCACUCAAGGGAUUACUGGCCGUGGACGCACUGGGCUGUCUACUCGGCUGGAAAUUCUUCGAUCAUGCAGCUCAUUUAGGAGGAGCGCUCUGGGGAAUAUUCUGGCACUCGUGGGGAUCCCCUCAGCUCUGGCAGAAACGUGAGCCUCUACUGAUGUUUUGGCACAAUCUUCGUGAACCAAAGAAAACUCGGUAAUCCUCGUUAACGUCAUUUUUCAUAAAUUAAUAACUAGUAGAUUCAUCGCAUCGCACGAAUCCACAAAAUUGAUAAAUAAAAUUGUAAAAACUGAUUGAAAUAUUUUUUGCUUUUUGUUUAUUAUUUUUUUGUCGUAAUGUACAAACAUUGUUGCGUAAAUUCGGAAAUAAAAAAAUUGUCGGGUUUUGA